AUGUCCAGCAAGACGAAACACGAACGAGACGACGACGCCUUGCCCUCUUCACCGCAGCAGCCCGCUGAUGGAGGAGGAAAGCGCAAGAAGGUAAAGACGUCCGACGACGCAUCGAGCUCGGCCGUCUGGGGAAUCAAGGAAGACUUGGUGCUUCGACAAGGCAUCCUCCAGUUCCUCCACGACAACCGUCCCGAGACGCACAAGGAUCUGCCCGAGCUCGACGAGUUCCGCGACCAUGGCGCACGUCGCAUUACCGGCAAGAUCAACACCCUCCUCGCUCAACUGGAAAAGGAGUGGGGCUGCACCAUCAACAGGAAGGCGUCAAAGGCCAAGUCGACCUAG